AUGAUUGUUCUGUUGGAGGUAUUGAACAGUUUAUCCACGCGGAAUGGCGCCAUCGCGAAGGGCCAUGCUAAGGAUCACUACCUUUGGACAUAUGGACCGGCAGCGAUUUUGACCCUGGUCGCAUCACUUUUCAGUCGAGUGGAGUAUCAGGCAAAGUUGUUCGCGCCGUGGGGGCGAUUAUCCAAGAAUAUUGGGCCUGUGCAGAAGAAUCUGCUUCUGGAUUACGUGUCCGACUUGACGCCAGUCGUAAUCUACGAAUCCAUAGCAGACAAAGACUUCGCCGUGGCAGCGACAACCACCAUCUCGUUGGUGAUAAAGAUAUUGAUCGUGUUGUCUUCAGGGUUCAUUACCCUGUCAAGAAGAACGGUCCACUACGCAACAAUGCCCAUGGAAAUUCAAACCGCCUUUGUCAACAAUUAUACACCUGUCAAAACAGGCACACAUCUCCCCCACUCCGCCUUGCAAGAUGCAAUCUGGGGGAGCAGCUACUCGGACUCCCAGGGCGUAUCCCGGGAAUUUGCAUACCAGUCGGUACAGAGUAGUCUACCCGAUACGGCUCGAUUUGAAGUGGUCGUUGACGGGCUUUCUACGAAUCUCAACUGUGAGAUUGCAGCGCUUCAUGCAUCGGACGCCGUGGUUGGAAAGUUUUAUAGCCUCAUGAACGUCAACACUAAAUCUACGGGAUGUGACGGGGUCAUUACAAAACUUCUCGGCCCUUUGCCCCCUUUUGGCAAUUCAGAUGUGUUUGGCCCAGGUCAGGUGGCCUUUGGAAGAGUCGAGCAGAUCAAUUGCAAUGCCACGAAGGAUGACGCGAGUAAGCGCUUCCUUAUCAUGUUCGGGCUGGAAGAAUGGAGGGUGGAUGAGGCGAUUCCACCCAACGAGGUGAUCAAAAAUGAUCUUUGCCCUACAGGCGGAUGCGUCAAUAACUUGCGAGGCAGUUUGGUCAAAUCUGCCCAGCUAGUGUGCGCCCCGCAGUAUGAGAUCACCAAAGUCAUCGUGGUUCAGAACGCAACAGAAGUCGAGAGUGUGACACGAGCUCGGGAGUCUUCGACUAGAACCUUAGAGGGUCUGUCUUCAUUCCGUCAAUAUGUGGGAUCUCAAUAUGAUCUCACUUUAUGGACAGGCUUCAGAAUUGGUCACGACCGCCUUGAUGUGGACCAGUUCAUGUACACCAUCCUGGAGGCCGAAGCACCGACUGGCACCACCGUUGCUUCGCUUUACGAUCCGGCUUUCAUGCAAUCGAUGGCAACAAGAUAUUUUCAGCGAGUAGGCGCAGUGAUAGCCACGAUCGUCGAAGAUCGCCUGGUGGCGCGAGAAUGGAUAGUCCACUGUAUGGCCGGACUUCUCUCAUCUUGUCUCUUUCUUACACUUGUUACAAGAGCCGCCAUAGAAAAACGAGGGACAUUGCAUCAAGCUCCAAGCACACUUUACAGGAUCGCAGCACUUGUCGCUCAUAGCCCAGAUCUGUUGGACCGCCUCCGUUAUUCCGGCGACGCCGAUUCAAAGAAACUUCGUCUGCAGCUGAAAAGGCCAACUUUUCAACCUGAACUGACUCAAAAAGGGUUGAAGCCACCGGUUUUGAGUACUUCCAAUGUUGCUAGAGAGGGCGUUCCAACAACCACAAGCAAGCCUUCCGGGACCAUCCCUCAAAGCCCCUUGACUCACCCUCAUCCUUGGAUACUUCAUCCUGCUCGGUCUUGCCGACACAACGGAUUAGGUGACGCGGGCGAAAGUCCAUACAUCCAGUACACCUGGACGUCUCUUCCUUCCCUUUUGUUUGGAGGCCUCGCUAUCAUAUUCUCCUCUAUGGACUUCAACAUAAGGUCAUUGGUACCAUAUACAUGUUUGAGCGAUGGUAUAGCGGGUAAAAAUUUCCGGACCCUCGACUUUCUCGACAUGUCAGUGCCCUCGGCCAUUUUUAAGGAAGCGAAGCUGCGAAACAUCGGUGCCCUUGCAACCACAACGAAUCUUCUCGUUGGAUCUCUGUUUACCGUCUUCUCCGGGUCUUUAUUUCAAGCAAACUAUGUUCGAACUACAGAAUCCGCGUUGCUUCGGGCUGAUAGCUCAUUUGGCACGCCGAGCGGUGUCUUUGACGUCGCCCCACCCUCGGUUCUCUGGAGCAACCGUUCCUAUCCGAAUUUCACAUACGAGGACCUGGCCUUCCCACAAUUUCUGCCAGAGAUGACGACAGGGGCGCAAGGAUUUUCCAAUACGUCUCAGCAUUCGAUAAAGGCUGUGGUUCCCGCAUUGCCAUCACGCCCGGAGUGUCUUCUGUACGACGUAAGUAUCAUUCGCGUUGAGAAUUCAGAGAGUGCGGCGUGGAAAACCCUGGUGAUUGAUAUCGACGAUGGAAGGCCUAAGUCUGUACAAGAAUGGUCCGGUUUUAUCAGCAUCAAUCCAGACACGUUAUAUUUCGGGACGGAGAACGUGAUCGGAUACGACGACAAUUACUUUUCAUGGGGCUACUCCAUCGAGAUGGUCGACGUUAACACCACUUUCACCGGCGCCGACAUUGCCAUCGAUGUUCAAAACCCUCCUCAAACCUUGCCGGAUACGGAGCCAGCAUUAAGUGCUCCUCUGGGCUUGGAGUCAUUGAUAGCGCUCAACAAAGCCCGCGUUCCCGCGAACGAGACGAAUGUCUUGCUGGACCGUGAAGAGUUCCUUGCUGGCGAGAAUGAUACCCUGCCCAGGUUCGAGGCUUCGGUAGAGGAUCAGGCUGGCCGACAACGAGUGGUGCAGGACGAGGCAUCAACUCGGGUCCUCGAGGCGUUGCUGCUUGUGACUCUGGUUUUGCUCGUCGUGGGCUGGGUGUGGCUGCCAAACACCAACGUGUUGCCGAAACGGAGCCCGAAUACUAUCGCCAGUGCGGUAGCACUGCUGGCUGGUGGAAACUUGACCGAGUGGCUGCACGAGGAGGAUGGAUGCGUGGACACGAUGAAGUUCUGGCUGGGCUGGGAAGAUUUGCCUCCCGAGGAGGGAAUUUCAAUGGGAGAUGGGAACGAGGGUCGUUCUCGUCGCUUCGGUAUUUUUGCCGUCAUGGAUGACCCCGAUGAUGAUGAGCAGAUAGGAUCACUACACGGGACAAGUACCUGA